UUUGAGAUUAAGAGACAGUUAGAAAUAAAUUCAAUUGAUUUAUUUGCCUUAUCAAGAUUUCAAAGAACAUAUUGUACAAAACCCUAGAGCUAUAUGUGAAUGUCGGUUAAGAGUAUCUGGUGUUUACAGUUUAUUUUUGACUGUCCGUUUAGUGAUGACUUUCAUCCCCGACUUUCUUCCCUUGCACUUUCGGCGCAUAGUUGGCAACGCAGCUGACAGUUGUUUGGAAUUUUCAGCAUUCUGCAAACACAAAUUGUUCGAACGUCGGUGUCAAUCACACAGCUUUGCGGAUUCUUAAGUGAAUUGUAGAAUUCUCAUAAUAAUUUCAACACUAUAAGCAGAUUAUUGUAAACCCAAGUGUUAUACUUAUGUGUAAAAAGUGCAAAAGCUUAAGUUGGGAAAGUUGCGAUUGUAAUUUUUCGUAGUUAAAAAUACCAAAGCAUAUAAAAAGUGAGAAGUGUGUCGGAAAGAGCACGAAUAUCAUACGAUUAAAUAGGAAAUUCCCCAAAAUUUCUAAAUAUACAAUAUCUUCAUUUGCAUUCUAAUUGGAGCUAACAUAUAUGUAUAUCAAUUGUUUUCAACUGUUUAAUUUAGUGCUGUUUUCUGCAAAGUUCCACAAGAAAAAUUUUCGCCUGCUCCAGCUGAUUUUUGGUGCCGUAAUAACAACAAAAAUAGAGAAGCAGAAUAUAUUCCUAAUAGCAAUCAGAAGCAAAAACAACAAAGAAACGCCGUCUGUGGCAGAUGGAUUAAGAACUAGUAUUAAACAUGUUGUUGUUAAUGUAACGAUUAUCCAGACUCUGCUUAGGAGAAAGCAAUAAGUUAACUGGCAUCGACGUCACUAAACGGCAGGCCCAGGAAAUUUUCUGUUUCGAAGGGUUCGAAUCAAAGGGAUUGGAGGGAAGAAACGAGAAAGUUAUAGGAGAUAGGCGUUCACUUUUGAACACAUGCCACCAGUUCCAAUGCCCGACUUCAUUAUCGUACAACCAUUUACUUAUGAGGUAAUAGAAACUUCUUCUGACGGUUGUGUGUGUGCUUCGAAAUGUCGUGAGUAAACAGUAGCGAGGUGACGACACCAUACUGCGAACUCUCAUAUCUGACUGAAGAUUUGACUUAACUAAGAACAAUUGUGACUUGCGUUGUGACAGUAAGGAUAUAAGGCUAAUUUCAACAAUCUUCACACCCCUGCUCGACGUCAGAACACAUACCUAAUCAAGAACUUCGCGAAUCCCGCAUACACUUUAAACCCUACCACAUACACAUACCAGAGACACGUCGAAAAUGUCGGCGUCCCGCGCCAACACGCCACCUUCCGGAUCGACGGACGAGGCGACAUCACACAACCACAACAAUAGUGGUGAAACAAAUCACAACCACAACUUAAAAUUGAAAUCAACACAAAACGGCGAUGGCAGCAGCAGCAAUGAAAAACUCUCACCGGAUCAAGAUAUAUAUAUAAAUCAAGCCGAUGGCUUACCCAGCCAACAUCCUACACUACCCGAUGGUGAUGUAGACAGCGAAAGCGAAAAAGAAGCAGUCGAUCCGGAUUCCUUCGACGAUUUGCCGACAUCCAUAAUUGUGACCAAUAUACAUUCGGAGGUGUUUACCAAUCCAGAACUGAAACAACAGAUGGAGGAACUUUUCCGUACUUUCUGCGAUUCGGCGACCUUCCAGUGGUUACGCAGUUUCCGACGUUUGCGCGUCAACUAUGACAAUGCCAUAGCAGCGGCCAAUGCACGCAUCAAAUUGCAUCAGUAUGAAUUUAAUAAGAAGACGACGAUAACUUGUUACUUUGCACAGCCCGUAACGCCAGUCUCGAAUAAGAAUCUACAACCACCAGCGCCGGUAAAGCAAUUCCUAAUUUCGCCACCAGCUUCACCGCCAGCCGGUUGGGAGCCACGCGAAGAGAACGAGCCGCUGGUCAAUCAUGAUCUCUUGGCUGCCUUGGCCAGUUUGACGCCAGGCGAGUCGCACGAGCUGCAUCCACAGAGCGAAGAUCAACCGGGCAUUAUUGUGCACACCGCCAUGUUGCCAGAGGGUGCAGUAAGUGCACCAACACUAGCGGUCGGCGCCAAACCGGCUAUAGUGCAGACUAAAUGCCCGGAGCGUGCGUAAAGCGUGACGAUGGAACGUUCCUGAGUUGGAUGUGUUGCUGGACGGGCUGGACGAAUUACUUUUAAGUACAAAGGCAGGUGCUGAGCACCUAAUUGAAAGUGAAACGAAGUUAAAGCGUAACUAGUUAAUGCAAAUACAAAUUUAGCACGGCAAUGAACUAAACAUAAUUAUAUAAAUAUUGUUGUAAUUAGGUUUUUUUUUGUAAAUGAAUUGUUCGUUGAAACUAUAACUGGAUUCCUAUCACUUCGAAAUUGUAGUCUUACUCGGCGCAUGUUGAGCUGUAAUCUGUAGUUUUUACAUGUACAUACAUACAUAGUAUAUAUGCACGUCUCACACCACUGCGACAAGCAGCAACAAAUAAAGCAAAAAACUCCGUGUGAAUUUCAAAUAUUUUUUUCGAAACUUAAAAUUAAAGCCUAAAUGUACAUAGCAUAUACUUAAGUACUAUGUACUAUAUAAAUAGUUAUAUUGAAAACAUGUAAAUCGAAUUUAUUGUGUAUUAUUUCAUUAUGUAUUUUUAUUAAUUUUUUUAUUUCUAUUUUAAACUAUUUUUAUUUAUUGUUUUUGUAUUUAUUAUUACUUUUACCAAAUAAUAAUUUUUUGAGCGUUAUAAAUAAUGUAAAGUAUGAAUAACUUAAACUACAAAAAUUUAAUUCCUUGUUUUUAAAUUUAAAUUCAACAAUAUUCAAACUGCACAUAUAUGUACAUACAUAUAUAUAAAAAUUCAUUACAAUAAAAGAGAGUUAAUUAAUUCUUGAUUAAUAAAUUAUUUAUGCACAUUGAAAGGUUGCACUUUUGAGUGUUUUUUCCGAAUUAAAUUUUUUAAACAAAAAUUUUUAAUUUUUCAUUGCAUUUUAUUAAUAUUUAAAUUAAACCUUAUUUUAAUUCCUUUUUGUAUAUUUUUUUAGUUCCUUUAUUGUUCCAAAGAAUUUCUUUUUUUUUUUAAUAUUUUAACCUUAUUAUUAUAUUUUCAUUUAAAUUCGCUUUCUAAAAUUUCGUUAUAAUAUAAAAUUUUCAAUAUUUUUAUUUUGUAUUAUAACAUUUUAACUUUUCCCUUUAAUUCAAAAAUAUUUUAUUUCGUUUCUAAAGUCUUGUUUUAAUAUUAAUUUUAUAUUUAUAUUUUAAUAUGUUAAUAAAAAAUGUCAAAAUAUUCAAAUUAAAUUUAAAAUAUUUAACCCAAUUUUUUUAAAAACUAUUUUAGCCUCCUUUUUCAAAUAUUAUAUUCUUUAAUAUUUAUUAUUUUAUUUUUUUUUUCAUUUCCUUUUUGUAAUCUUUAUAAAUAUUUUUUAUUUUGCAUAUAUAAUUUUUUAAUUCGCUUUAUUACGCUUUCCAAAUGCCUGUUUUGCAAUACAAUUUUUUUUGUUCUAAUUUUUUUUUAAUUUUUAUUUUUUUACAUCAAAUAUAUAUAUAUAUAUAUGUAAAUUAAAUGUACAUAUGUUCAAAGUUAUCAUCAUUUUUAGACACAAUCGUAUCUCUCAAACUUCCAAUUUGAUUAAUAUACAUAAAUAUGAUAUAUAUAAAAU